GGCAAGUGGUUAUUUUUAAGGCCUGGCGCCUUUUGGCAGCCUUGCACGUAGCAGAAUUGAGACACAUAAUCAGUGAUUUUGAUAUUCGAGUGGUCGGCCACAUGCUGGCUUAUUGUGACAGCAAUGCGAGAUCAUCUGGACGUCCAGGGAGCAGGUACAAUUCUGAGAUAUUCCUUUAUCAGGUGGUGGCAUGAUGUGGCGAUGAUUAUGGACAGUCAUGCCUGCACAGCCCUCUUUGGGGCAUUGCAGAGGUGUCAAAGCACACAUUGGUGCACAAACCAUAAUUUAUUGCGCAUAUUCUUUCUACGUGGGGUGGAUCUUGACGUUGAUGAGCAAAAACUGCUGUCUCAGGAGUUUAAAAAAAUUGUUAUUUAGUUUUGUUAAGUGGUUGUCCCCAAUGUUCUAGUGUAGAUUUAGAUGACGUUCCCAUCAGGACAAAGUGAACUUGUUGGCAAGACUGGCUUCCUUAUGCGAAGAGUAUGUCGUGCUCAUGGUUUUGGGCAACAAAGUGCCGUCCAUGUAUACAUAGCCGAUGAGACCAUGUGAGCAUGCAUGACUGUAGCAGACGUUGAGUGGGUUUGUGCCAUGCCUUUUUGUCUAUAUAUCUAGUCGAGGUCGAGCAUGGUCCUGAAGUCAAAGACAUGUGAUGUUGCCAAUCGAUAUCUUUGGUAGCGUAGCUUGGCAGGACCUUUGCAUGCAUGCGACCCAGUACUGACUAGCAUGCCAGUUGGAGCCUGCACACAGCGUGUUUGGGGUUGACAGUUCAAACUUGCAGACCAGCACCUAUGCCAAAAACCACUUCUUUGUAGUCUAAAGAAGCAGGUGCAAGGUAGUGUGAUUGUCAGCUU